GGUGGACAGUACUGUGAGAAGUGUCGGGAGACGAUAGCGAAUUUUACUGAUGAACUAUGCCAAAGGGCCGUAAUGGAGAGAUCCUCCUUCCCGACGGAUGGGAAGAGGCGAUAGAUUAUGAUGGAAAAGUGUUUUAUAUUGAUCAUAAUAAUGGCCAAACAACUUGGAUCGACCCGCGAGAUAGAUACACAAAGCCUCAGACAUUUGCAGACUGUGUUGGAGAUGAACUGCCCAUUGGCUGGGAGGAGUCAUAUGACCCCAACGUGGGAAUAUACUACAUCAAUCAUAUGAAUCAAACAAAUCAGUUAGAAGACCCAAGGCAACAAUGGCGAAAAGAACAGGAACUGAUGCUAAAGGACUAUCUUGUCACAGCGCAAGAAGAUCUGGAGGCCAAGAAGGAGAUAUAUGCAGUGAAGGAGCAAAGGUUGAUGCUGGCGCAGGAUGAGUUCCUUCACCUCAACGAGACACUGUCGGGAUGGAAGUCAUCCAGAACCAGCUUAAAUUCCAACUCCAGCGUGGGCAGUACAAAGUAUGACCCUGACCUCCUCAAGUCUGACAUAUGCCUGGCACGGAAAAGUGUCGCUCGACUCAAAAAUGAACUUGAACAGAUUCGGGCUGAAAUGCAGUACAAGGAGAGAGGAGUGGAGACACUAACAAGGGUGGACCAAAAGUUGGCGGGACUGGGUGGAGGUUACAAUGUGACGCAAGCCCAAGCCAUCAUCGCCGAGAUCCGACAGUUGCAGCAACAUGUCAACACAGGGGAAAAGGAGAAAAUGGACCUGAUGCAGUCCUUGGCCAGACUGAAGGAGGAGUUCAUGCUUGGGAAGAAUGGCGGCUCCUCACCAGAUGUGUCGACACUUUCGUUGGCGCUGGCUGAGCGGUCCAGUACGGCGUCGCAAACGGAUCUGAGAGGAGAGGUGAGUCAGGGUGUAAUCGAAUCUUUGCGGAGAAGACACGACUCCCGUCUCCAGUACGAUGAAGCACGGCGGAAACUCAGUCAACUGAAGGUUCAGCUGGCCAAGGUGGAAGAUCAGAUGAUCCCUGGGCAGACAGAGUGUGACAAAGACAGAUUGUUGUUGCUGCAAGAAAAGGAACAGUUGCUACGUGAAUUAAGAAGUAUUGACCCUAAAGGUCGCAGUGAGAGUGAGCUGGCUAAGAUACAACAGCGAAUCGCACAGUUGAAAUAUGACAUCAACCAUGCUUUGGAGAUCUCCAAUAAGCAGAUAGCAGAGAGAUUAAAACUAAACAAUGAGAAGGUUACUGUGAUGCAUCAACUUUCGGAGACCACCAAGUUAACGUCGUACCUUGAGACGCAGCUGAAGAGCUUGUCGCUGAGCACAUUGUCAAUGUCCUCGGGAUCAAGCCUGGGAUCACUAGGGUCUCUCUCGGCCAGCAGCCUGGGAUCCCUCAACUCCCUCAGUGCUGUGGACAUUUACAAUCAGAGCCAAAGUGGAAGUGAUAUAAAUUUACAGGACCUUCAUCAACGUGUUGAGAAACUUCUGCAGGGUCAAUGGAUGGCCCCUAUUCAGGAAGCGGUCAUUCCGCAAAUGUCCAACUUAGACAUCACAGCCGCAGCGACAGGGAAUUACCUACAUAGUGUCAUGGCAACGGGGAUAAGUGCCUUCGGUUAAAUCAGUGUCCCCCAAUCUUCAUUUUCAUCAACAUCGCCCAGUGUCUCCUUAUAUGCCCAUGGAAAUAGUUCCCCGCCCUUUCAUUUAGAGCAACGAGCGCCGUGAGAACGGCAGCGUCAUGUGAGCCUGGGUGGCAACUGGAUGGUUGGUGGGCAACCUCUACUUAACUGCGACGAUCAAUCAAAAUUAACAGAAAAUUCUCCACAAUACCCAAGGGUAGAUAACUCUCGGACUAGAGUGCCAGUGGUCGGACAAAUGGUUCCGCAAUCUUUACUAGCGGAGAGUGGUGAAAUAAACACAAAACGUUCACAAGGAUUAGAGAACUUGGACUCCACAUCUAACCCUCCUCUUAGUCCAAUCAGUGAAAGUAGUUCCGGUGUGUGCAACAAUUUGUCUGGUGGAAAUACACGGAGUGUUUCUGCAGCAGUGAGUGAUGAGUCUGUAGCUGGUGACAGUGGUGUGUUUGAAGCAUCAGUCAAAAGGACUGGAGUGAUUGAUGAGGUGCUGGAAACAAAUCUGGAAAGUGCACAGAUACAGAUAAAGCUCAAGUACGAAGGCGUGGAGAAGAUGUUGUUGAUAGGGAUCGAACAAGCCCGCAAUCUGAUGGCACUUGCUUUCCCAGAAGGAGGCCAUGUAUGUAUUAAAGCUGCACUGUUGCCACACAACAUGGAGACGUCGUGGAAGACGAAGACGCUACCAGAUCUGAAGAACACCAAAUUUGCUGAGACAUUUCGUGUGAUCCUGGCAGAGCAGAAGUUGUCUUCCAAGACGCUACAGGUUAACGUGUGGAGUGUACACCCCACGAGGGAGGAGGAGUGUCUGGGCUGUGCUCAAGUGAGUCUGGCUGAUUUCGACCCGAAGGAAGUGUCUACUCGAUGGUACAACAUUUUAAGUUUUAAGUUCAUGCAGUCCGACUUAAGGACAGGAACAAAGAAAUCAAGUGAAGCCAGUCAGCCAUCAUCCAGCAGUACGCUCAGCUCAGACGACACACGCCACUCCUCCAGCCAAACUCUCACACAGAGAGAAUCAUCAGACAGAGUAACACAGCUCCUCGAAGCUUCUUCAGCCAAACUGCGUAAGUCGUCUCUGCCAAGUGAUGAGAAGCCAGUCCUGGAUGUUGUCGUGAAGGAGGCCAGUCAAUACAAGUCUCCCCAUCCUGCCGUGUCUUCAGUGAAGGAAGAGAGCAGCGAUGAGUCGACCAUCAUCUCCUCACAGACCUCCACCCUUACAAGGAACCAAGGUCCUGAGGAUAUGGCCAGCCACCAAGAUAGGGAGACAAGCCCACGUCUGGCUGGAUUUGGGGAAAACGACGAUGAGGACGAUGAAGAUGAAGAAGAUUUGGAGGAAGAAGAUGAGAAGGACUACAAUGAAAUGAUGCAGGAGGUUCUUGCUGAGCUUGAAAACAUUGAAAACCUGGACGACCACUUCUCUGAAUCGGACGAAUCUCUACAUGUCAAAACCUGUGAUGCUGAGACGAAUACCGAAGGAGAUUAUUUGGUGAAAGAAAUCAAACGGAGGCAACACAAUCAUCACAUUCGAAACAGCACCAUCCGUCGGUCACAGACAUUCUCACCGGCAUGCAGACAACAAGCGCCAGGCUAUGUGUGCAAGCUCAAUCGUAGUGACAGUGAUAGUUCUAUGCCGCUGUACAAACGAGGGCCAUUCCAGAGAAAUGCAUUGGAGAGGAGAAGUCUUCGAUGGAAAGGCAAGUCGUCCUCAUCCUCCGCCCACCUGAACCCAAGGACAUCCUUGGACCUGGAGCUGGACCUGCAGGCUUCCCACGUCAAGCUGUCACACCUCAACGAUGAAAUCACACGCUUAAAAGAACUGAAGCGACUUAUGGAGGAGGCCAAGUCAAAAGGAGCAACAGAGCUGCCCAAUUGGUUGUCUGACGAUGACCAGCUGCAGAAGCUGCUGUCUGAUGCCGAGAAGUUGAAACUGGGAAUUCUACGACAUCAUAGUCAAAAGAAGACGUCAAAGAAUGUGUCUAAGCAAGAUCGUCGUGCCCAACAGCUCAUGAAGAAGGUCACAAGAGAUGUACAACGCAUGCGUAGAGGAAGUCAGCAGUGUAAUGCCAUCAACUUCAGAGAAAAGAUGGCGUUUUUCACAACAGUCAACAUGAAGGUGCCUGUCAUACCCUGUGAAACAGCCACAACGGACGACAGACUGGAGGAAUUCCUCAAUGAUGACCGAGUCGGAGAAGAAGUCUGAUUGCUUUACCAAAUGUCCAUUUGUGAAAGAAGUCAUAAGUUGAAUUACCUGCACCAGAGGAAGUCGUCAGCACUGAGAGACAUUUACGAGCUGCCUGGCAUUCGUGAACUGGUUGGACAGAAAACAGGCACAGUUUUGAUGUUCACACCAAUGGUUGUACUGAUGGCGAGGUAAAGCUUGUGGAAGUCACGGAACAAGAAUGUGACCACGUAACAGCUAAGUGGAAAAAGAGAAAAUCACAGAUAUGAAGAUCAUGUUGGUGACAUGAUCUUUGAAGACAAAUGCCAUGUGGCUAUAUGGCCAUGUUUGAUACUCAUGUGAUCAACAGUACCAUAUUUGGUAGUCAUGUGAUCAGCAGUACCAUAUUUGGUAGUCAUGUGAUCAGCAGUACCAUAUUUGGUAGUCAUGUGAUUAGCAGUACUUACAUGAUCUGAGGAAAUGUUGGCAACUAAUUUUCAUGGAGAGUUUACAAUCUAAAUCAUUUUCGAUAAUUUUACUUCGUUUUUCACUCUUAUUUUUUAUCAUACAUGAAUGCCUUGUCAUGUCAGUAUUGAACAGAAAGAAAUAUACCUCUAAAUUUCUUCCAAAAAAUCAAGUUGAAAUGGAGACAAGCCUUCCAAUUUGUUUUUUAGGUGAGUGGUUGUGUUUCAUUUUCAUGAUCAGCAUUAUACAACCAGUUCAUCAUUCGAAGGGCUAGAACAUUAUCAGAAUAUUUUUUCAGUAUUACUACUGGAUGUGAAAUUGAAGCUCAAAAAGUAUUUUCUAAAUUUUGUAUUCUCAUUAAAUUUUAUUUGAUACCACAUGCAGAAAUAAUGAAGAACUGUUGUCGUGGAAACGAUGAACUGGUAGUGAUGACUAGAUACUGCUUCAGGAUACGCGUCUUAAGUGACAGUGGUUGACAUCAAAAGAUUGUAUUCAGUAUUUCCCUGAAGGUAUAUAUAUUGGCUAUAUGUAUACUAUAUCAGUUCUUUCGAAGGAAAGAUUGUUGAUUACGCAAAAACUAAGUUUGCAGUUGUCUUUCUCCUAUAAAAGUGAAUUUGUUGCGGUGAAUUUUGGUUUAUGAAUAUUCAUAUAUAAAUGAAUGUCUCAGUUAAAUCGUGCAAUUUAGUUCGAGUUAAUAAUAUUGUAGCUUUCCGUACCUGUUAUAAGUCAGCACUCUGAAGCUUCAGUGGUUGUAAUCGUAAUUGUCUCAGUAGCAAGUUGAACUGAAGCCCAGGUUGCCAUGGUUACUUAGUAAUAGGAUAAACUGACAGGACACUGGGAAUGGUAUGUGUGCAGAGGCAUUGUUCCAUCUUGGAAUCGAUGUUGGCUUGACUUCGUACAAUAUGACUGUCCUCUCAGAACAUGAUAUUAUGAAUCUAAGGCAUUUUAAAUUAAUUUAUUUGGUGUAUGGAUCUGCCUACCAACCAAAUUUUCAAAUGUGGCCUUAAUAAAUUUUAGAAAAUUGUAAUUUUUUAGCGCUAGUUUUUAACCAAGUUAUAUUAUUAUGGACAAACCUUCAAAGAAGGGCAUUAGGCAAAGGGAGGUAACUCAUUUUACUUUUCAUGACGACCACUUUUUAUUACAUUUCAGCUUUCCUUUUUCAACUGAUACUUUCAUGCAAUGAAUUUGUAAAAUGUUCUUGCCAAUGAUUCUGGAAAAGAAACAUUUCUUAUUUUUUCGUAUAAUGCCUCAGCCAGGUAGUUACUGUUGAACUAAAGAUGCUUUGAGGAUCUUGACAGAAACUAAGUUUCUGUUUGUGGAUGAACUUCAUGUGGGAAACAAUAGAAUAAUUUCUUCCAAUAUUCUAGUGCCAUGGAUACAGAGGUUUUUUAAUUUUUAACCUGUUUUCGACUACCAGCAUUUUUGUAAUAACUUCUGAAACUUUCUGUUCCUGGGUUGAGUUGUAAGGGUUCUUUGUCAAAGGUGUUUUUGAGAAUGUUGAUUCAACACUGUGAAUAUGAAUGCUGGUGUUACUAUGGCAAUACUGAAAUCUGCGUCCAUAUUUGGUGAUGACAAUAUAUGUGCAUGUGAAACUUGUGAUAUCGCAGUUUUUACGUUUUACCAGUGACGUGAAAGCUUGCUGGCAGUAUCUGUACAGCAACAGUGACUCUUAAUAUGUUAUCCUACUCAACUUUUGGUAGGGAUGCUGAGUGUCCAGGGAGGGGAGAAGUCUGACCAGGUGUAUGGAGAUCUUCACAUGCAAGUAGGAUGUCAUUAUGGCAUGGAACCAACAUAUUUUUGAGUUUUGUUUCAAGCCGGGAGACAACAAUUCAGUUUAUACAUUGGAUAUUAUGAAACGAAUCUAAACGUGUUAGAUCCAGUUCAAAUUGCAUUGAGGGGCGGUGGUAGCUUAGUAAUUUAAGUGUUCGCUCAUCACGCCGAAGAUCCGGGUUCGCUUCCCCACAUUGGUACAAUGUGUGAAGCCCAUUUCUGGUGUCCUCCUCCAUGAUAUUGCUGGGAUAUUGCUAAAAGUGGCGUAAGCCUACACUCUAUCAAAUUGCAUCCAAUUUGUACAUCAUCUCCAAACACAAAAAAAGUCAGAUUUAGCCUCUACCUUGACAUUUGAAAUAUCCCUAUGAAAUGGUGAACAGUAUAUAUGGAAUAGUACAAAAUGUGUAUGUUACAUAUUUUGUAGAUAUAUAACAAUCGUAUGCUUGAACGUGUGGUGUUUGUGCUGCACAAACCAUGCAAUAGGAACAUUGUGUUCGUUGAUUUUAUUCCAGAAAACUCAUUAACGGAAGAUCUACAUGACGAGGCUUGGUCUCGUCUGUUUAACAUGGUUAUUAGAUUUUUGUACGAUAUGUAAAUAAAAAGGAUCUACUUAGUGAGACAAUACAUGCAUGCCAAAGUCUAACUGUAUAUAGUCUAUUGUAGAAACAGGAAUAUUUGGUUACUCCUGCCUGUGAUCAUAUUUAUUUCUCAUAGAGCAUAUCCACAUUGUAUUAGUAUCACCAUCAUCAUCAUCAUCAUCCAUCGUCUGUCUAUAGUCAUUGUGUGUAUAGAGUAUCUAUCGCCAUCAUGAUAUUGAAUAUUGUAUACAUUUUCAUAGAAUCAUCCGUCAUACUCAACAUUAUGGUAUCGCCCACUUGUGUCAAUAUUAACCAUGUUAUACAUAACACGCCAUAUGAUAUUUGAUAGCGUAUUUUAUAUGAUAACUCAUCGGGAAGGGUGGGGACGUUUGUCGUGAAACACGAUGAUGACAACCACUCUGAUAACGCCGUGCGGCCGUCAUGGACUUGCGGUGAAUCUACAACACGUAGAUAUGUAAGUAUAGAGUUGUUUGUCACAGCAGUCAUAUACUCACGAGGACCCACAUGGGAGUCAUCUCGCUCCUUUUGUCACUUAUAUCCAAGAAGAAAACUGAAAUAAUUGUUUUGCUAAACAAAACUGGACACCAGUUAUGGUUAUUUUUGUAAGAAUUACGCGACGAUGUUCUUGAGUACCCAUCUGCACCCCUUCAUGUACAUUCACGUCAUUGAUCAAUCUUAACAACCUGUACUGUUUCUUUCACAGAUGAGUCUUGCACAAUUACCAUCCUGACAAGCUUAGAGAAUUUGAGGAAACAACGCAAAUAUUAGUUUCCAUCCACUGGGUACCAGUGUCCAAAUUUUGGCUGGAGUAACUUAUCUCAGUGCCUUCAAAUUCUUUUACAUAUGUGUUAAUAAAAUUUGGACAAAUAUUGUAUAGAAUUAAUAGCAUUGGUAAUAGAAAAUGAGGUUUUCUGGGAACAAACUUAGGGAUUUUGGUUGUGAACUCACCUUUGUGGACCUGUAUGCACUGUGUGCAAGGUGUACAUGGAGUUCAUCAAUGCUGCAUUUUUAACUUGUGCCAAAAGCAGACCUUUUGCCCCAGCAUAUUUGGGUUACAUUUACGUCAUAUUUUGUGGAAAUUAAUAAGUUGUAGCAAAAUGGGUUAAAAUGUCCAGAGGUUUUUUUAUCGUUAUUUUUUACCAGAAAAUAUUUUGAAAUUUAGUGGAACAAAUCCCCGCACCAGGGGCUUAAAGUAAGUAAAAAGCUGCAUUUCUCUAGCACAAGGCCAGUAUAGUGAGAAGCUUGUGACGAACUGUUUUGUUCAGUGGAAAUUGUGCAAGACACUGUCUGUUCCAUAUGCCCUCCCAUGUUUGGGAGAGCUGGUGGGUGCUCUGUCUAGAAUGUAGCAAGUUUUACAAAAAGCCGCGUUGACUUGUUGAUAAUACUCUGUUUUGAAGUUUUUCUCCUAGCUUUAAGAAUUGUGUUCAUUUUGCAGUUAGUUCUUGAUGGAUGUCAACUCUCACUCUAACAAAGGUAUUUGUCAAAAAAUUCGUAUUGUAUGUAAGUUUGGUUUGGUGCUAAGUCAAUUGAAUUGUUUCAGUAAGAAUAUUUACUCCUUGCUUGAAAGACAAAUUAAGUUUAUAUGUGCUUCUGUCAUACGUUUAUCAAGAAUUAACUGCAAUUUGACACAAACUCUUGAAACAUGUUAUUGUUUGAGUGACAUGUGGAAUUGAGACAUGAGUUAACUUAAAUAAUUUGAAAUUUAUCAUAUGGCCGAAAUAUUUUAUUUUUCAAAACUCCAUUUUGAUUUGAAAAUCGUGCCAUAUAAAGUUUUUACUUUUCAAAUUGAUCAUGAAAACAUUCAGUGAUAUUAUUUCUUUAUUUUAAUUUGUGUACAAUUUAUUUGAUCAUUUUUUGCAACAAAUUAGUUUUACUUGACCUGAUUCCAACAUUUUCCAAACUCAUAAGAAUUCAUGUUGUAAAUUAUAUUGAAAGGCUCCUGUCAUACAUUUUACAUGUGACUCCAACAAUAUUGCUACGAAGUCGUUUUGUCAAAAUAGUGGAGACUUGGUGUGAAACCGUCUUUUCUAAAACUCUGCUUUGUCAUAAUUAUAUACACGAGCUUAUUAUCAAAAGUAGUUUCACCUCCUUCCUUCCUUCCUUCCUGUCAACUCCUGCACUGGUAGGAAUAAUAGAUGAUACAAGUAUCCUCUUAACAUUAAAGGUGCCUACCUCUUGGUUUGCUGUAGAUUCCUUGUUGAAUGUUGCUGACAAUCCAGAAGUUGAACUGCAUAUUUCUGAAGGUUGCAUUUUGUUUGUAAGAUAUUUAAAUUGGGAGGAAAAUGCAAGUUAACCUAGAAACACAUCCAAUAGACUAUGGGAGUGGGUAUUGAUCGGAUCCUAUGUUAAUCUUAUUGUGUAUCUAACUCCAGAUUUUAUCUUGUUCCCGUGGCAUUUAAAAUACUUUAAGAAGUAUGGACUGUACUCUUAAAGAGACAUUAGCUGGUUCCUGUCCCGAGCCGAGUGUUCCUGAGUGUGGUUCCACAUUAUCUCUGAAAAUGCUUCUUCAAAGUUGGCGUUGAAUGCACAGAAGAAAACUACCUUCCAUUAAUCUAAAUUAUAACCAUAAUAUACUACUUAACAUUGAUAGGAUGAUUAGUAUUGUUAGAUCUAUUGACCUGAUGAAAAUCAGUUUUGAAUAUCCUUAAUAAAUACUAAGUAUCAAGAA